AGAGAGAGAGCUCUUCUCUUCACAUCAUCCAUGGCCACGCACAGUCUCUCCUUCUUCUUCAGCUGCAGAGUUCUCCUCCUCUUUCUUAUCCUCUCAGUGAGAGUUAAGAGUCAAGGAGUAGGAAUAAACUACGGCCAAAUCGCUAACAACCUCCCGUCUCCGGCGAGAGUCGCCGUACUUCUCCAAUCACUAAACAUCACAAGAGUAAAACUCUACGACGCAGAUCCAAACGUACUCUUCUCCUUCUCAAACUCCCAAGUCGAUUUCAUGAUCGGAUUAGGCAACGAGUUUCUCCAAAACAUGUCAACAGAUCCAACAAAAGCCCAAAGUUGGAUCCAACAAAAACUCCAACCACACAUCUCGAAAACCCGAAUAACCUCAAUCGUUGUCGGAAACGAGAUCUUCAAAACAAACGACCGUGUCUUAAUCUCGAGUCUCUUACCUGCGAUGAAAUCUGUUUACUCUGCUUUACAAAACCUCGGAUUAGAGAAACAAGUAGCAGUAACUUCUGCUCAUUCUCUCGACAUUCUUCAAACAUCUUAUCCUCCUUCUUCUGGAUCAUUCAAAGAAGAAUUCAUUCAAUUUCUUCAACCUCUUCUCGAUUUUCAUUCUCAGAUUAAAUCUCCUUUCUUAAUCAACGCUUAUCCUUUCUUCGCUUAUAAAGACAGUCCUAAAGAGAUUCCGUUGGAGUAUGCUCUGUUUCAGCCGAAUCACGGGAUGAUUGAUCCCAACACGAAUCUUCAUUACGACAACAUGUUGUUUGCUCAAAUCGAUGCGCUUUAUUCCGCGAUUAAGACUUUGGGACAUACUGAUAUUGAGGUUCGGAUCUCGGAGACGGGAUGGCCUUCUAAAGGAGAAGAGAAUGAAAUCGGAGCUUCGCCGGAGAACGCCGCGCUUUAUAACGGGAAUUUGUUGAAGUUGGUUCAGCAGAGGAAAGGAACUCCGGCGAAGCAAUCUGUUCCGAUUGAUGUUUACGUUUUUGCCCUUUUUAAUGAGAAUCUUAAACCGGGUCCGAUUUCUGAGAGGAAUUAUGGUUUGUUUUAUGCGGAUGGUAAACCGGUUUAUAAUGUCGGUUUACAGGGUUAUCUUCCUGAUAUAAUCUACACUUCGAGCGCAACAACCAUCAAGAUCUUGAUUUUGUGGAGAGUCGUGAUGGGUUUGGCUGUAGCGGGGUUGAUACUUGAUUUGGGCGUCAAUUUGAGGAUGAGAUAA